AACGUGUAAACACAAAAUACAUAAACUCGAAAUUCUUCCUCGUUAUUUGAAAUGCAGAAAGCAUUUUUCUUAUCGAUAUAAAAGAAUGUAACAGAAGUUCAAUUUGUAGGCAAAAAAAAGAAAUGCGAUUAGUAAUUAUAUGAACAAAAUAACAGCCAGCAAACAAUUCGUAGGUCUAAUAGAUGGAUAAAAGUAUCACUGACCAAUCGCACGUCUCGCCACAUCACAAGCGAGACACCGGUCUCACCAGAGAUUCGUCGACACCUGAUUCCCCGCAUCCAAUGAGAUAUUUAUAUUCCUAGGGAAUACAAUUCCGGCGACAGAUCUGCGAAUAUACGAGCCUCGCGUGAUUAUUCGCGAAUGAAUGUGCAAAAUACGUCCUCGCGGGACAAAACGCGCGUGUGCUCGCGAAUGUCUGAAAAAUUUUCAAUCCCGAUCGCUUCCGCGCAACACGAGGCGGACUCGUGACGUCACGGUCGCUCGCGGAAUGAUCCAAACGGUUUCGAUCGAAAAUGUAUGGACUUUCCGCGCGUGCACGCAGCACCGUCUGAACGAAUUCUGUAAGAUCGCGGAUAAAUCCGGAGGCGAAGUGCCUGACGGCUUGGCCGGCGUUAUCCCACGGACGUGGUUCUCUCUCUCUCUCGUAAUCGCGCCGAGAGUUUCCGGACUUCUACACUUCGGAAGUUCAUGGCGGGUUGCCGGCUGCCAUCUUGGACCUCGCUCGUUUAAGAAGCCGGCCGCCCGCAAAAAUCUCGAGUUUCACACGGCCGCGCGGCCUCAGCUAUUCCGCGAGUAAGCAUCGCGCUCUCGCAAAGAAAUCGGGAAUUCGUUGUAUUUAAUCCAGUCAAGAUUCGAGCUCGGAAUGCUCUAGGUUUAUUACUGUUCUCACAUGUACGUAGCUGGGUGAACAGAGGAGACAAAGUCAUUAAUAGCUGUAAGUUUGGGAUAGACAGUGGAGACAGUAUAUCUAUCAAUAAGGCACUUAUAAAUAGUAAUACUUUUGAGAGAAUGGCAUUACCAAGUAGAGCACGAGUUUACGCCGAUGUGAAUUCACAUAAACCAAGAGAAUACUGGGACUACGAAUCUUAUGUUGUUGAUUGGGGGCAACAAGAUGAUUACCAGUUAGUGAGAAAAUUGGGGAGGGGUAAAUAUAGUGAAGUAUUUGAAGCCAUAAAUGUUACAAACAAUGAAAAAUGUGUCGUAAAAAUACUGAAGCCUGUAAAAAAGAAGAAAAUAAAAAGGGAAAUAAAAAUUUUAGAGAAUCUUAAAGGUGGGACCAACAUAAUUACACUCCAAGCAGUUGUCAAAGAUCCAGUUUCUAGGACACCAGCACUGAUCUUCGAACAUGUCAACAAUACAGACUUCAAGCAAUUAUACCAGACGCUAACUGACUACGACAUAAGAUACUACCUCUACGAAUUAUUAAAAGCGUUAGAUUACUGUCACAGUAUGGGAAUUAUGCACAGGGAUGUGAAACCGCACAACGUCAUGAUAGACCAUGAAAACCGAAAGUUACGGUUAAUUGACUGGGGCCUGGCGGAGUUCUAUCAUCCUGGUCAAGAAUACAAUGUACGAGUAGCUUCCCGCUAUUUUAAAGGCCCGGAAUUACUUGUAGAUUAUCAAAUGUACGACUAUUCAUUAGAUAUGUGGUCAUUGGGUUGUAUGCUAGCGAGUAUGAUAUUCAGGAAAGAACCGUUUUUUCAUGGACACGAUAAUUAUGACCAAUUAGUUCGAAUUGCAAAGGUUCUCGGGACCGAGGAACUGUUUGAGUAUCUUGACAAGUAUCACAUUGAGCUCGAUCCACGUUUCAACGACAUUUUAGGCCGGCAUUCGCGUAAGCGUUGGGAACGCUUUGUACAUUCGGAAAAUCAGCAUCUAGUUUCACCGGAGAGCUUGGAUUUCCUCGACAAGCUUCUACGCUACGACCAUUACGAGAGAUUAACUGCGCGCGAAGCUAUGGAGCAUCCUUACUUUUAUCCCAUAGUAAAAGAACAAGGUCGGUUGACCAUGGUGUCAUCAUCACCUACUCCCAUGACAGGCUCAGUGCCUGUAGAUCAUCGUGGCGUAACAAUGAGCAGCGUACCGGUCCAUGGGACAAACGGAUUGGAAAGCAUGGAAGGAGUUGGAAGCGGGUGUUUGACCCCUUCGGAAGAACUGCCUCAACUCUUAUAAGUUCAGCAAUUCUGAACGGCAAACCGACUCUCAAUCUACCACAGAAUAUAACAAUGCAACAGCAGAUAUAUCGUAUCGCCAAGUACAUUCUUCUCUGCACC